AUGAACGCUCUAGGCUCAAACACAGGUGGCGGUCAAAGCAAGGCCCCGGAUACUGGAGGCAAGCUUCGGACUGCUUGCGACGGCUGUCAUGCAGCUAAGAUUCGAUGCACGGGGGUAUGCCACUACAGCGCCAAGGCCAAGAUUGGAAAGCCCCGAGGGAGCAUGAACAAGAAGACCAUCGAAAGGUUGCGACGCAUGAGAGAAGAAGCAACAACAAAAACAACAGAAAAGGAACAUACGGCGACAGCGAGCGCCCAUCCAGGGCCUGCCUCUCCCGUUAUCCCCCCGUUGCCCAGUUGCAAUGGCGAUUCGAUAUUCAACAGCCCCGAUUCUUCUUCGGCCCAUAUCGACUUGGCUUCGUCGCCCUUUCAAGACUAUAUACUCCCAGAUAGAGAGCUCGAUGCCAUGGGCGCAUGGUGUGAGGGCCUGCUAGAAACAUGUCUCGAAGAUAGUGCCCUAGCGUCUGUCAGUAAUGUGAACUGCCAGCCAAAGCCUGACCACAACCCAGCCGUUGUCUCUACAGAAUCUCAAAUGCAUGAAGCAGUGGUGACCGCCGCCACCACCAGGAGGCAGUCCUCGCUGUGUCUGUCACCUCCAGACUCGCAAAAGUCUUCCACGAGCCACGAUUUCACGCCGGAGUCUCUCGUCGUUAGAGCAGCGGGCAUGGGAUACUCUUCGACUAUGAACAAGUCAACCAUGCCGUGCGGCCAGCCAUCGUGCAUGUGUUUUUCGAUGUUGAGCAAUCACCUGUGCACGCUGCAGGCUGCUUCUGCGGAGUCCGACCAUUCCCAUGCCCUCGACGCUCUCCUGAGUCAGUCGCAGCAAAUCAUCCCUUCCCUCAAGGAACUCUUUGAAUGCCCGUCCUGUAUGCUCGACGUGCAAUUCCUGCUCUUGGUAAACAUGAUCUUAUGCAGGCUAUUGGCUUGGGCCCCUUUCUCAAUCUGUGCAUGUGAGGCAGGGCAUAUCUCUGUGGAAAUUCGAUUAGGGAAAUACAUCGCUUCGGCAGAGAUUGGUGUUACCGUAACACGGAUACUUUUGCAAAAUUUCUUGGCUGAUUGUGAGCAGAUUAUCACGAUUUUCAAGAGAAGAGUAGACCAGUUUGGUUACAAAGGAGCAGACGGGGCGUAUUUGAAUCUGCAGCUGAGGAAUCUCCAUUUGGAGCUCGGUCGGCUGAGAGAAAGAAUCGCCAAGCUAUGA